AUGGGAUUUGGAUAAAUACAAAAGCAACCAUUAAAUUAGCUUAUACAAAUAAUAUGUGAUCAUCCAGAUGCAAAAUUUACAUACUUUUCUGACAUAGUAUUCUAAACAGAAUAAACUUGUAUAUAAUUUAUAAUAUUCAGAAAUAAUAAUCGACAAAGUCAUUAAGGAACAAGAUAAAUUUAUUUAUUUUCUUGACAUGAAAAAUUUUUGCUAAAAUAAUCAGAGAAACUUGAAUAAUUUUAGCGUUCUAAAAAGUCAAUAUUAAACAAUCGUGUGUUUGCUUGUUUAUGAAUAAAAUUAAUUUAGUAUAGUAUUUCCAUGA